GGCGUAUAUAUCAAAACUGUGAAAAUAGUUCCACAUGUAAUAUAGGGGACGAGUAUGACUGCCGUACUGGCUGCGAAUUUCCAAAAACUGUUCUAAUUUUGCAACAUGGGAGAUCAAACUUUAAGAGUCCUGACGUGUGGGGAUGUCCAAGGCAAAUUUAACGAUUUGUUCAACCGAGUACGGACAAUCCAAAAGAAGAGUGGACAGUUUGAUCUGCUGCUGUGUGUGGGAGAUUUCUUUGGAAAGACCGAGGAGUCAGAGGCAGAGUGGCAAGAAUACAAAACAGGAGCCAAGAAAGCUCCUAUUCACACAUGCGUCCUGGGAGCAGCCAGCCAGGCGACGGUGAAGUACUUCCCCAGCGCAGAUGGCUGUGAGCUGGCUGAAAACAUCACCUACCUGGGGCGCCGCGGCGUGUUCACGGGGGCGUCCGGCCUCCAGAUCGCCUACGUCAGCGGGCGCGAGGCCCUGCAGGAGCCGGCCCCUGCCCACUGCUUCACGCCCAAAGACCUGCUGGCCCUGGUGGCCCCGCUGGUCAACAACUCCAAGUUCCGGGGCGUGGACAUACUGCUGACGUCGCAGUGGCCCCGCGGGGUGUGGCAGUUUGGAAACAACCCGGAAGUGAACACCAAGUGCUGUGGCACGGCGUCUGUCGCCAACCUGGCUGACAAGCUGAAGCCGCGCUACCACUUUGCGGCAGUAGAGGGCGCUCACUAUGAAAGACUUCCCUACAGGAACCACAUGGUCCUGCAGGAGAAUGCGCAGCAUGUGAGCCGCUUCAUCGCCCUGGCGUCCGUCAGCAACCCCGCCAAGAAGAAGUACCUGUACGCCUUCAACAUCGUCCCCAUGAAGAGCAUGGAGCCGUCGGAGCUGGUCAAGCAGCCGCAGGACGUGACGGAGAACCCCUACCGGCGCAGCGGGAAGGAGAAGCUGCAGCGUGGCAAGACGGGCCUCGACCCCGCUGAGGAAGAGGAGCCCGCCGCCCAGUUCUUCUUCGACCUGAGCAGAGGGGGGCGUGGCGGGGGGCGUGGCGGGGGGCGGGGCCAGGGCAGGAAGCGGCCCUCCGACGAGGGGGACCGCCCCCCCUGGGACGGGGAGAGGCGGGGCCAGGGGGGGCCGGGCGACGCGGACGGGCAGCCCAGGCAGCCCCGCAGACCACCCCAGCCCACCGGUCCGUGCUGGUUCUGUCUGGCCAGUCCUCAGGUGGAGAAGCACCUGGUCAUCAGCAUCGGCACGCACUGUUACCUGGCGCUGGCCAAGGGCGGCCUGACCCCCUUCCACGUGUUGGUGCUGCCCAUCGGCCACUACCAGUCGGUGGUGGAGCUGGCCUCCGAGGUGGUGGAGGAGAUGGACAAGUACAAGGCCGCCCUGCACAAGUUCUACAAGAGCCGGGGCGAGCGCUGCAUCUCCUUCGAGAGGAACUACCGCAGCCAGCACCUCCAGCUACAGGUUGUGCCGGUGCCUCUGGAUAAGUGUGCCACUGAGGACAUCAAGGAGGCCUUCAUGGUCCAGGCCGGGGAGCAGCAGAUGGAGCUGAUGGAGAUCCCCGAACACACGGACCUCAAGCAGAUUGCCCCACCGGGGACACCGUACUUCUACGUGGAGCUGGACACGGGAGAGAAGCUCUACUACCGUAUCCAGAAGCACUUCCCUCUGCAGUUUGGCAGGGAGGUGCUGGCCAGCGAGGCCCUGCUCAACAUCCCGGCGCGGGCCGACUGGAAGGAGUGCAAGCAGACGCGGGAGGAGGAGGAGCAGUGCAGUGCCACGCUGAGGGAUGCCUUCAAGCCCUUCGACUUCGCCUUGGAGGACUGAACACAAACACACACACGUACAUACACCUGCCUACACGCACACCCCAACACACACACCUACCUACAGACACACACGCACCUCUGUAGUUUUCUGGAGUGGCUCUGUAUUUUUGGAUGUCCGGGCGGCGCAAAGAAAACUAGUUUGAAGUCAUGAAUAAUUUCUGCAGAUGCUGUCCACAGAGGAAAUUAUUUUUCUGGCGACCCAAGUCGGUCAAAAGUCACAUUUGUUGAUGCGUCAUAAGAGAUUUUAUUUGUCAUAUCCAUCACACUUUAUCAAUGGUUUUUAAAACGUGUGGAAAUUUUUUUACGUCAACUUUUUGUAUAACAGCUACACAGCGCUAUUCUUUUACGACCAGGGAAGGCCUAUUUUACCGUCAAAAACAAACAUGGUGGUUGGGUUUCUGGAGUAUUGUGGGGAAUUAUUUUCAAGAUCUGUGUACAGAUGUUAAAAUACUUUGUAUAUUGGUGAUGAUUAAACUUUUUUAUUGUGA